UUCUUUUCUACUUAAAAUAACGCAUUUUUUUGUAGGGUGGCAAACAGAAAUGGCGAACAAAUAUGCAGUAUUAGUGGGUUGCAAUUAUCCCAAUACCAAAAACGAGCUCCAUGGCUGCGUUAACGAUGUUACCCACAUGCGCAGAACGCUCAUCAGGCGAUUUGGCUUCCCCGAGCACAAUAUAACCUUUAUGAUUGACACUGAUUCGGCCUCCACCAAGCCCACCGGAAAAAACAUCCUCCAAGCUCUCAACUCCAUGGUUGUCAAGGCCAAGCAUGGAGACGUUCUCUUCUUCCAUUACAGCGGCCAUGGUACCUUCAUUCCGGCCAAAAAGCCCCAUCGCCGUCGUGGUCACACCUACGACGAGUGCAUUGUGCCAUGCGACUUCAAUCUUCUCAGUGAUGACGACUUUCGAGGAAUCGUGAACAAAGUUGCAAAGGGGGCAUCCUUCACGAUGAUGUGCGAUUCGUGCAACAGCGGUGGGCUGAUCGAUAAAGAAAAAGAGCAAAUCGGUCCACAUGUUUUACCCAUCACCAAAAAACGCCGUCGACCAGAAGCACGCAAGUUCAUACCUGUGGAGUCAUUGAUGGAAGUCUUGAAAGAGAAGACGGGGAAUCCCCAACUUGAGAUUGCAGACAUUAGAGUUGCUCUUUUCCAUCUCUUCGGCAGCGAUGCGAGCUCCAAUGUUUUAAGCCAUGCCAAGUACUUGCUAGAGAAAAAUGGAUCGCACUUAACAAAUGGGGAUUCUUUUCCCUUGCUUACAAACAAAGCUAAGAAAGAUGCACAGUUACUUUUAGAUGGGAAAAGUGGAGCGUUACACGAUAAGAAAGAAUCGGUUGAUGGUGAUAUGGGCAUUUUGUUAAGUGGGUGCCAGUCUGAUGAAACGUCUGCAGAUGCAAAUCCAAGGGGGCAAGCCUACGGUGCGUUCAGUAAUGCUGUUGAGAGAGUACUGGGUGGGCAUAGAAAAGCUAUUAGCAAUAAAGAAUUGGUUUUGAGAACGCGGAAGCUUUUGGGAGAAGCUGGGUAUACUCAACACCCGUGUCUCUAUUGCAGUGAUACUAACGCGGAUGAGAGCUUCCUGCGCCAAUAGUAUACGCGUUAGGCAUUCUUUGCACACACGUUACCAUGAUCAUGCAUUGGGUGACCAGUAAUCACUUCUGAAACAAUCUAACCAUAGACUCUCAAGUAAUAAAUUUGUUGAGGGUUAAAGCAAUGUAUACGUACAAUUAUUAUUAUUAUUAUUAUUAUUAUUUAUGUGAUGUUUGAUUAUUGGCUU